AUGGAGGUCGCCGGACUCGCUUUGUCGGCGGUGUCCCUGUCAUUUGAACUGUUCGGAGGCUGCGUCGAGGGCUUCGUGCUGCUCUCAAAUGCGCAGAAUUUCGGACGAGAUGCAUCCUUUCUUCGGACUAUGUUAAAUGUCGAGGAAUACCGGUUUGUCAAAUGGGCUGAUGCUGUGGGUCUGACAGAACCAGGUGCCAAACUGCUCCCACAGGUCAACAAGACGCUGGCCGAGGAGCUCAUGGUGCAGCUGGGCGACAGACUCGACGCUUCCAGGCUUAAAGAGCGUUAUUCGCUUGAAGUCCAACCAGGAGACUUCGGCAACUCGACAGACGAAAAUAAAAGAGAACCAGGGAUCCUGGCAGGGGUGUCCGAGGAGCGACGGAGGGAGAUUUUGGCACGCGCCAGACUCCUGCAGGGUCAAGGUCUAUCGAAGCGACUGCGGUGGGCAGCAAUUGACAAGGCGCGAUUCCAAGCUCUCGUUCAAGACGUGAGAGAGAUCGUGGACGCCCUUUGGCAUCUGCUCGAGCCGAUUCAGCUUAGGGUUCUGUCGCAGCAGGUCGGCCAGACGCUGACGGCCGUUGUAGACAUGAGCCACGAUAUUAAUGCCCUGAAAGGCCUUCAUGCCAGUCUGACCCGGAAAGGCACCGCUACAAUACCGUCAUUCGAUAUUCUUGAAUCUGCAGUCGGAUUGAAGGUGGUUCGUGAGCAGCUGCCAGCUGAGAGUGACACCCAACAGCCUCGCCAAUCGCCAAACAAUGAUCCUAUUAAACCGUUGGAUCGGUCUCUCCUCAAACGCGUUACUACCAGCUCCUACACGACUGCGCCAUUUAUCGCGGAAUAUGAUGGCAAGCCAGUGAUCUGUGAGGCCAAGGUAGUUCCAGCACGGUUGAAACCAAAGCUACGACUACGAGCGCAGAAUCUCGCAACGCUGCUGUCACUGCCUAAAAGCUCGAGAUUUCUGACACUGAGAUGCCUGGGAUUCAUCGAGGACCAGGACGAGUUUGUCUUCGUCUACGAGUAUCCAGCCGGCUCUGACACGUUAUGCCCACCACGGUCACUGCAGGACCUGAUGCGUGAUGCAAAAUCGAGGCUCCCAAGUCUCACAACAAGACUAGGGAUGGCAUUGGAAAUAUGCAGAACUCUCUUGACAGUACACACUGCUGGCUGGCUGCAUAAAAAUGUCCGAUCGGAGAACAUCCUGUUUUUCAGCGACAGCACGUCUUCAGGGGGCGUAUCGAACACACUGACUCGCCCUUACUUGGCUGGAUUUGCAUUCUCACGCGUCGACUCCCCGGUAGAAGUUAGCGACCAAGCCUCAGAAGACCCCUUGCUUGAUAUUUAUCGGCAUCCACAAGGACUGGGAGAGCCGUCUGUUGCGUACGCGAUGUACAUGGACCACUACUCUCUAGGAAUGGUCCUCGCCGAGAUCGCUGAAUGGCGAUCACUCAAGCAUAUCGUCAAAAAGCAAGUCGAUGUGACCAACCGCCUGGUUGAUGUGCCCUUGUCGGCAUUGGCUGGUAUCCAGGCCUGGUUCUGGCGAGAGCUCGUGGAACGAGGACAGAUUGAAUUUCGCAUGGGUGAAGUCUACGGAAGAAUGGUCUCCUAUUUAACGAGACCUGACCGAGAAGAUCAGACUGAACGCACGGAGAGUCUGCUCGAGCUUGAGGAGUUCGUCAAUGAGCUUGGCUGCUGCCGGGUUUAA